AAAUGCCAAAAAGUAAACAAAAAGUAUUCCAAAAUCUUUAACAUAGAAAACAAAAAUAAAACACUCGGCAGAUCGGUCGGACUGAGAGAUCUGUUGAAAUACGUUUCAGUAAUAUUUGGAGAGUCGUCGGGAUCGGUAGAUGCCGAGUCGGAAAAUACAAAAACGGCAAAGUGAAACACAGCAUGAAUUGAAAAUUGAAAAUUCUGAACAAUUCAUAGUGCGGGACGGGAAAACGGACGGGGUCGGAAACAUAAAUCAAGCCGUGAAAUUGGCCACGUUAGGACGCAUCGCCAGGAAAGUGGGCGGCAAUGUCGAGUAGGCGGGCCCAGUCUCUGCCGGCUCACAUGCUGGAGCCAGCGAAGCCGCAACGUGGACGCUGUGUGGCUGCCAUCUGUUUCUCCUGGAAGGUAAUCACCUGCAUCGUUUCCCACGUGCUGCUCGUCUUGCUCGUGGUCUCCUACUGCGUGGGCGGCGCCUAUUUGUUUCAACAUCUCGAAAGACCCCAUGAGAUUGAGGUGAAGCGGGAUGUACAGAACCUGCGCUUCAAUCUCACCGAGCGCAUCUGGCUGCUCUCGGAGGAUGCUUUGGUCCUGAGGGAGAAUGAUUGGAUGGCGAAUGUGAGCAAACACUUGGCCAACUUUGAGAAACAGAUCCUCACUGCCAUUAAGGCCGAUGGCUGGGAUGGCGACGAGGAUGUACGCAAGUCCCAAUGGACCUUUGCUGGCUCCCUUUUCUACUCCAUCAUAGUGAUAACAACGAUUGGCUAUGGCCACAUAUCACCACGCACAGAUUGGGGCAAGGUGACAACGAUCUUCUAUGCCAUCGUUGGGAUUCCAUUGAUGCUGCUAUGCCUGUCAAACAUUGGAGAUGUGAUGGCCACAUCAUUUCGUUUCCUCUACUGGCGCAUCUGUUGUUAUGUGUGCACUCGAUCGGCAAAGCGUCCAAAGAGUCGCCGAUCCCGGCAGAGAUCUGUGAGGAUGCGUCCCCAGCGGGUUUCCUCAAGGAGUCAGCCGCCUCCCUCGUUCAGACGUUCCAUGAAGAUGACACAGCGCUCCAAUAAUGAUUCUGGACUGGGACCCUCCAUGGGACAUGCUUAUUCCGAUCCAGAGCUGCGUUACGGUCGCGGUUACGAUGAUCGUGACAGGGAUCGGGACUUUGGUGGCGGUCAUCGUGGCAGUGGUGGACGCCAGCGACGCCAACAGCAGUACACACAGCCACUGCAGCAUGAGCCGCGCCAGCGUCACACCAUUUAUGGGGAUGAGUACGAGACGCAGACCUUGAAUCGGGCAACCCGCUACAGCAGCCGGCAGAAACAGCGGGACAGGAUGCGGGAUCGACACACGGUGGAACGGGAGCGUUAUCUGGGCCACUCGAGGACACACAUUCAUGGAUCUAUCGAUGACUUUGGCGACUUGCAGGCGCCGGCAAAGCGGGCAGCCAGUGUGAGAUCAGUGCGAUCACCACAACGUCCGGAUUGUCGUGCCUCUCGAGAACUGCAUCGUCUACACUCGGCGCCGGGACGAGCCAAGUCUGUGGAUCCACGGCAUGGACACGUCUCUUCGCACUACGAGGAUGUCGAUGAGGAUGUAGUGCGCAAGACGCCAAUCAUACCCAAUCGAUAUGCACUGGACGACGACGACUUGGCCCACAGUGGACAGCAGGCAAGGAAUGCUCCUCGGAGUCAGUCGAUGCCCAGAUCGGCGCAUCGUCGACGUCAAAGGGAUAUGGAACGGGAGCGAUCUCCACAGCCACCACCUUCCCAUCAUCAUCAGCAGCAUCAUCCGAGACCAAAUGGACGACGAGCCGGCAGCCUAGGCCGCCAAUCGUCCCGCUAUGGCAAUCACCUGGAGCCGCCGGAUUACGAUGCAGCGCCUCCACAGCGACAGCGACGUGGAAGAUCGCCACGCUACGAUGACUACGUGGAGGAGAGCUUCGAUGAGCUAUCAAUGUGCGAUGACAACGGCAUCUACGAGGAUUAUCCGGUGCGACACAGUUCCCGCAACCGAGAGCCGAGGCGGGAGCGACGUCGUGAACGUGAACGUCGUCUGCCGCCCUCACCUCGCAUCAUGUCCCCCAUGGGCUUUCCAGUGCAGCGACAGAUCAGGCGACGUCCCAGCUAUGACUACGAUGACGAGGAUUCCAUGUAUGACGAUGAGUACGGCGACAGAUUCGAGCUGGUGCCCAAGGACAGACCCGUGCCCAUUUGGCUGUGCGUCUUUCUGGUGGUCAGCUAUAUUCUCGGUGGAGCUGCUCUCUUUGCCUUCUGGGAGGAGUGGUCGUUCCUGGACUCUGCCUACUUCUGCUUCAUCACGCUGACAACAAUAGGAUUUGGCGACUUUGUGCCUGCCAAGGGCGUGAAGGAUGAGUCGGAGCAAUCCAUUGCCUACUGUUCGCUGUAUCUGCUCUUUGGCAUUGCUUUGCUGGCCAUGAGUUUCAACCUGGUGCAGGAGGAGUUCAUAGCGAAUGUUAAGGAAGUGGCACGACGAUUGGGCAUACUCAAGGAUGAUGAAGACGAGCAACAAGAUGCCGACUGAGGUCCUCAUUAAAAUAGUUUAUAAUCUCUACAAAGAAUCUUUCAUUUUGAUGAGAUGAAUUUUAAUAAUUACAAUAUAAUAUUCUAAAUUAUAGAAAGAAUUCUUUAAAUCUA